CACAGAGUCUGUGGGGUCUGUGUCUUGUGAGUAGACUACUGCAUGUUUAACUUUAUCAAUAUUUUUUCAUUGUCCUCUGUUUAUGCCUCAAAAUAAUUAAACAUUUGUUGGUAAUCAAUUUUGCAUUGUAAACUGAAAAAAUAUGAAUUGGGGUGGUGAUCCUUUGGGCUCAAAGAAGUCUGCACCUAAAGAAGGUAGAAGAAUGAGCAGCACAUUAACUCAAGGCGAUUCUGAAGAAAUUUUAGAUGAUUCCCUUGCUUCAAAUGGUGGCAUUGACAUCUCUGCACCUGUAAGAACUAGGAAGAUGGGUGUGUGGAGUGAGGAAGCAUCUAAAUAUUCAAAGGGAAAAAACGGUUCAAACAUCAUUGAACUAGAAAGGUUUCAGAAUGAGAAAAUACAGGAAUCAGAUGAUGAUAUACCUGUUAUACCAGAUAUUGAUGAUCUGCAGGAUGAUCCACUAAAUUUACCUGAUGUGAAACCAAUAAUUUCAGUUGAUAAAUCUACCUAUAAAGAACUGGAUAACAAUUUUGGAAAUUUGCAAAGUGAACAGGUCAAUUUUGGAAAUCUGGGAGAUAUAGACCUUUCAUUCCUUACCAGCAAGUUAUAUCCAGAAAAGGAUGUUCAACCCUGCACAGAAGUUUGGACCAUGGAGUCAUUAUUCAAUGAUCUUUCAAGAUCUGCAGUAUAAAAUCCAUAUAAGUGUAUUUAAUAUUUUAUUCAUAUUGUUAUUAGUGUUUUAGUAUUUAAUUUACUUCAA